GAUCAACCACCCCCCUUAAGUAGCAUCAAGAAUCACCAAAACCACCGUCAUGCCGAGUCUCGCCCCCGAUACAGUGCCCCCGGAAACCGACACGGCGGCGCUGGCCAGCUUCAAGGCCCUCUGCGCGGAACGAGGGCUGCUGGACCGGCCUCAGGGGCUACAAGCGGGGGAUGUCGAGGACGGUCUAACCGACGACCUGACCUUACUCCGCUUCCUGCAAGCCCGCAAGAACGACCCCACCCCCGCCCUGCAACAAUACGAAUCCGCCUCGCGAUUCCGCACCGACAAAACCAUCGUCGAAGUCUACGACACCAUCUCAAUCGACGACUACGAAGCCACACGCAAACUCUACCCGCACUGGACCGGCCGGCGCACGCGCACCUCCCUCCCCAUCCUCUUCCUGGACGUGGCGCACCUCCACGCGGACGCCGUGGCUCACUGGCGCCGCACGCGCGCGCCGACCGACCCGAACGCCCCGGACAUGGCGCAGCGCGCCUGCGCCUUCUUCGACACGCUCACGCGGUUCAUCCUCCCGCUGUGCGGCGCCGCCGCCGCCACGCCCGUGACCAAAAGCAUCUACCUCGUCGACGCGACGGCGCUCGGCCUCAAGCAGGCGUGGACGCUGCGGGAUUUCGCGAGGGAGAUCAGUUGGAUCCUCGCGACGUGUUAUCCGGAGACGAUUGAGACGAUUUUUGUGUGCAACGCCCCCAGCUACUUCAGCACGAUCUGGGGCGUGAUGAAGAAGUUCGUCGAUCCCGUCACCGCCGCGAAGCUGGUGAUUCUGACGGAGGGCCAGGUGCUCCCUGCGUUGGCGGGGUUGGUGGAGCACGAGAGUAUUCCGCGGCAGUUUGGCGGGGGGUUCGAGGUGGUGCAUGGGAUGCGGGCGGAUUUGGAUGCGGGGUUGCUGGAGGUUCUGGGGAAGGAGAGGGCGAUGGUGCUGCCGGAGGGGCCGUUGAAGUGGAGGGAGGAUGGCGAGGGCAGGCGCGUGCUCGUGGCGACGGGGUCGACUGCGUCGGGCCUGAGGGAGGAGGUGGUUGCGGUGUUGUAG